CUUAGUCUGCACAACACCCAUCUACCUCCUCUAGAAGAUGCUAAGGCACCAAACAGAUAGAGUAACAUAAAAAACUCCCCUUUAAACUUGCUGCAGAUUCUCCAAAGACAACCAUAGAGCUUCAUCACGGUUGCAACCUCUGCUUUGGCCAGCUUGUUGGCCUCCUCGUUUGCCUCUCUGCAAAUGUGACUAAUCCCAAGAUAAUUUACCUGUUUCGCAAGGAGGUCAAUCUGAUUAAGACCAUUGAGAAGUCCACCCGGUUUUCUACCAGUUGAAACUGCCCACCCAACAGCCAUCGUUGAGUCACUCUCGAUGUAGACGUUACUUAGCAUUAAUUGAUGGCAGAAUAACAGGGCAUGGAGGAUAGCUUUAACCUCCGCUGUGAACGCCCACCCGUGUCCUACCCCUUUGGAGAAGUACCCCACCAUCACAUUAUCAUGGUUACGCACUACUCCUCCAAUUUCUGCCACAUUAAGUGUCCCUGCAACCCUUUUGAUUUAAGGUUAUCUAAUCAACAAAAUUAUCGUUCCGACCAUAAACUUGGACAAAAGACACACUUGUACUUCUGCAAUGUUCCCUAAGCGUUUUCAGGACCCCAAAUCAGGCUUUAUUCUUCUAAGUUCAAUGCGUGCCAAGAAAUACAUGAACAAAAUUGGGUUGGAAGGAGAAGAUUAUCACUUCUUCAAACAAGUUGGGAAGGCCUUACUUUGCACCUAUGCCAUACUUGGGGCUCUGUGGCUCUCCAAUGAGAAUUCAACAAUGGACUGGGGGAAACUGAAGCCAUGGCCGAAAGAAGAGCUUGUGCAAGACCAAUUGUCCCGGAUCCGGGAAUUCCUGCAUUUGGGUGAUAAAGGACCGGAGGAGUUCACUGACAAGGGACUGAUGAUCGGAGCUACCAGUGGUCUGAAAGGGGUGGAUGAGAGUGAUAAGGACGCGGAGAAUAACCAGAAGGAACUGCAGAGCAAGAAGUUUGAUCAGGAAGCUCAGAACCUGUGGUUGAAGAUGAGGAAUGAGGUCAUUGCUGAACUUAAAGAGAAGGGCUUUGAUGUGGAAUGACUGCAUAGGACUACCAAUGUCACUCCCAUGAUACAGGAAUUGGUUAGGUGGCUAUAGACUAUAGUAGUACACAAGGAAACUUAUGCGCAUGAUACAUGGUGAAUAAGGAAGCAGGAAAGCGGCAUUUUCACUGAAUGAUGAGAAAAGGGAAAUGAUCACUCUGCUCUUCUUUGUUAGUGCUUAUUACUCAUGUGUUUGCUCCAGGAAUUUCCCUUGCUUCAUUAGGCUUAUUGUAGCUUUCUUAUUUUCAUCUAUGCAAUAUUCAAGCAAUAGGAGUGGAACAAAUUUGUCUAGUAGAAAAUUGUUGUUUUACUUGUA